AUGAUAAUUCGAUGUAAAAAGCUAUUAUAUGGCGUAUUAUGUGUGAUACUAUUGACUUCGGAAAUCGGAGCAUCCGUUCUUAAGGAAGUGUUAGAAGAUCAUUUGAAAGAUGUAGCGCACAACGAAGAAGCAGCAUCGAUCAAGUACGACAAAGAGAAGGGUGAAAAGAAUCACGACAUUCGGAGCCAAGUCAACGACAGUCAUACAAAUCAAUAUUCUCAAGCAAGUGACGAUGCUAAAUAUUUAAAGAAGGAACACGAUUUAAAAAAGUCAUCAGAGAACGAUGCUUACGCGGGAUACAAUUCUAAACAAGACAAGGUCGAGGACAAGGAGAGCACGGGCUUCAAAAGAGGUCAUAAGAAAGGUCAUCACAAACAGGGCUUUCAAAAUUCCUACCAUAAAGAUGAAUCUUCCAACAAAAGCACGUAUUUCGACGAUUUCAAUGACGAAGGUGACACUACUGCUUAUAACGCUAGGUCAAAUAGUCACAAUAAUCAGGGCGAUAGAAGCUAUAAGGGCGGCCACGACAACGGGCAAGAAUACAUUCGGGACAAUUUCAAUAGCAGAGCGUACAAUAAAUACGGGGAUAAUGGGAACAAGGAGGUGGGUCACCAAGAUUACGCCAGGAAGCAUUACCUGGACGAUUACCAAAAUUAUAAACAACGUCGCAAUAACCAGGGAAGCCACAGCAGGGACAAAAUUCGUGAUCGUCAUCAAUAUCAAUCGCCGCAAAGCCAUUCAGAUGAGUGGGACAUGCAAAGAUGGGAAGAGCAUCGGGAGCCCGAAUGGGACAGACGCAAAGGCUGGUAUGACGCUUACGGAGGUCCAGGCUACUACGACGACCGUGGCCUUCGACACGAGGGCGGCUACGGCUACGGGCCGAGCCACGGCUACGGAAUCGAGGAGUCCGUUGAUGACCCCGUCGCCCAAUUGCCUACGCGCCCGCCGUUCGUAGCGCAGAGAAAACAAACGAUUACCAUUUAUGAGGAUCCGAGAUACGAUGGACGUAAUCAAGGACAACUGAGGCAAGAGGGAGAUCACGUUCAUCUAGAUUUCCAACCCAGCCGUCAACGGUACGCUAGUUACGACGACACGUACUACGCGUCUCCUAAUACGCGAAGAGCAAUGGAAACUAGCAGAAUAAAUAGACUGGUCUACAACUACAGGCGGCAG